GUCAGUGAUUUUCAUGCUUUUUGAUCGUAAUUUUAGAGUUUUACUAGUUUCUGGCCACAAAUAAUACACACCAAUAGUUUGGAACUAUUUUUGGCUUCCUAUAUCGACAUUAUGGGUUCGGGGUCCAGUAAAGAACGGUCUUCAAGUCGGGGAGAAGAUUUUGUUGUUCCGCAGAAUUUAGUAAAUGGAACCAACAUUUCUACAAUGGACUCUUCACAUACUAGAAAAAUGACAGAUGAAGAAAGUAGCUCUAAAAAGUCCAGAAAGACAGCAAAUUCUAAUGGACAUAUAAAAAAUGGCCCUGUAUCAAAUGGCUCUCCACAUUUUUUGAGUACAGCUCAAGUGCAGGCACUUGUUGAUAAACUGGAGGAUGGCCAGCUAUUCUGUGACCCAGACUUCCCUGCUGAUAACACUUCUCUGUUCUUCAGUCCAGAUAAACAGAAUGCAGAUCGAACCAUAGUCUGGAAAAGGCCACAGGACAUAGUAGAAGAGUGGCAGACCCCCCAGUUGAUGAUUGAUGGAAUGACGAGGGACGACAUCAAGCAGGGCAUUCUCGGUGACUGCUGGUUCCUCUCAUCCUGCGCUGCUGUCUCACAGAAAGAAAACUUCCUUAAGAAAGUAAUGUGCAAAAAUCAGCCUCUAUGUGGAGAGGGAUACCAGGGAAUUGUUCACUUCAAAUUCUGGAGAUUUGGGAAAUGGGUUGAUGUGUAUAUUGAUGACAGACUACCAACAAGAAAUAAAAAGCUCAUCUAUGCAUCAUGUACAGACUCCAAUGAGUUUUGGGUUUCACUCAUAGAAAAAGCAUAUGCCAAACUUAAUGGUUCAUAUGAGGCCAUAGAUGGAGGUCAGACAAUGGAUGCCCUUGUUGACAUGACAGGCGGUCUGGCAGAGCGGUUUGAGAUUGAGAAGCGAGACUUGAACCUCUACAGGCAGAUACUCAGGGCCAGCAAGUCUGAGGCAUUCAUCACAUGCUCAAGAAAAGGGGACUGGAAACUCAGUAACAAGGCUGAACCCAAUGGUCUGCUGUCAGGCCAUGCUUACACAAUAACAGGCAUUGAGAAGAUCCAGCACAAGAUGGGAGAGGAGAAGCUGGUCAGGAUAAGGAACCCCUGGGCGGAUGGCACCGAGUGGAAGGGCUCAUGGAGUGAUAAUGACAGUAACUGGCAGUGGGUGGAUGACGAGACUAAACAGCGCCUUCAACUCCAGAAGAAAGACGACGGGGAAUUCUGGAUGUCUUUCCGAGACUUCUGUAAACACUUCUCAGAUCUAACCAUCUGUCUCAUGGGGCCUGACUUUGACGGGGACGGGAUAUCAGAUAAAGCUGGCCAUGUGGAGAUUGUACAUGGGGAAUGGAGAGAGGGUGUGUCAGCGGGAGGAUCGAGAAACGACCUCUGGAAGUUUGCCACCAACCCACAGUAUCUCCUCACUCUCACUGAGCCUGAUGCAUUUGACGAGGAGACAGAUGACCCAGAGCUGGAGGGAAUGUGUAGCGUAGUUAUCUCCCUUAUGCAGAAACCACGUACAUCCAACUCUUUCAAGUCAAAACACCUCCAGAUAGGCUUUAUGAUAUAUAAGGUGGAAGAACCAGUCACAUAUUCUGUGUCAGCAAGAUACUUCAGGUACAACCCAGAUAGCGGGAAAUCGGGCGUGUAUGUCAAUUUCCGGGAAGUGAGCGGGCGCUUUGAGCUGGAGCCGGGCCAUUACGUACUUAUACCUUCAUCAUUCAGACCAGACGAUGAAUCUGCAUUUAUGUUACGCAUCUUUGGGGAGUCCACAUUUAAAUUAGAAGGGCCCCUCCCAUCAGAUCCGGAGCCUGAGCACUGACGUUCCCCACGCCCUAUAGGCCACUGCCACCUCCAAGUGCUCAUCUACCAAACCAAGUGUCUUUUCUGUACAUACAUCAUACAUUCAUCAAUCUUCAACUGUGAUAUUUGUGUAAUUGUUGAUUUGUUUGUUGCAUGUUUGUUUUUUAACCAUUCCUGCAAUAAUGCAAUGUAGAAUAUGAGUGUUACCAAGAUUAGUGCUGUAAUGAAAUACUUGUAUACCUCAGGAAUUCCAUAUUGUACUGUACAGUAUAGAAAACAAUAAAUUUUGAAAGCCUUAUGUCAGGAGACAAGCUAAUGUUAUGAGAUGAUAGUUGAACUCCAAUAAAAAAAAAAUGAUCCAACUUACUCAGUGCAUAAAAAAAGAAAUACAAAUAUCUCUGCUUUCAUUAUAUUUCAAAGUCAUAACUCUGUACAUACUAAAUUCCUUAAUUUGAUCCUUUGUUAACUCGUUUUGCAAUGCCUCACAUAUAUUGCAGAUGUAAAUUCAUAUUUUCUUAGGUAUCCAUUUUUAUGUUGUUUAACUGUGUCAUGCAGUCUUUAAAUUAUGUUAUGCAUGAGUUUUUAUUUAUUCUUGGGUAUUUUUGUAAUGAACAGUGUUGUAAAACUCGACUAUUAAAAAGACGAAAAAUAUGAGAUUAAAAUCUAGUAAAACAAGUAACCUCAAUUAGAUAGACACAUAAAUAGUCAUUCAUGUAGUAAGGAAUCCCAACUUUCAAAUAAGGCGAUUCUCUUACACAUGAAGCUCAAUUUUCCAUAAUAUUGUUUUGAUGUCUGGUGACUCUUCAUGUUGGUGUCCUUUUAAAGGUUAUUGCUUGCCGAUUACUGAUGUUUAAAAUGCGUAGAAUGUCCAAAGGUACUUUUUUACAUUAAACUUAUUUCAGUUGUAUAAUUAUUCUUAUUUCAUGCUUAUUAUAUUUGUGAUCUUUAAAUGGUAAAAAUACUUUUUUUCUGUAUAUUUUUUACAUUUUCUGUCUCUGCAUAGGAACCCCUUUCAAAUGAUAUCAAAAUAAUAUAGGGGUCACCAGGCAUCCAAAAUUCCCUAUUUGUGUAUUGGAUACCUAUUUGCUCAUAGAAAAAGUUAUAUAUUUGAAAAAGCUACUCAGGACAUACAUACCCCAACCACAUAGUGGUGGUGCCUAUAUAUGAAUCACUUUGUCCGGUGGGUCAUUCUGCCCAGGGAAAAAGGGACAAACGAUUAAAGAGAAUAAAGAAUAACUUUAUAAAGUAUAAAAGGUACAUUAAUGAAACAUGGCAAUAAGGAAAAUAUGCACAUCAUUUAAUCAUUAUUAUCUGAAUAAAAUGGGGUUGCUACAGUCAUCGAAAUUAGACUUUUGGAUGAACAAGCCCGAAUGCUUAUACUAAUGCUUGGCAUCAAAUUUUGUAACAAGCCCUGCUAUAUAAAAUUCAGAAUUUGAGCAAGCCCAAUAGACAUUUUACCAGUGCAGGGCUUGCGGGCUUGUGCUAAUUUCAACCACUGUUGCUAUGGCCACGGAAAUAGUGAAAAUACCACACUACUGAUAUGUGGCCUAACUCAAAAACUGAAAAUAAAUAAUAUUAAAGCUAUGUUAAUGGAACUUGGUAUGUAGUUAGAGGGCAAUAAGGAGAUUAUGCUAGUCUUUUAUUUCUGAUUGACAAAAUUUGUUGAUUCUAUGCCAUCCCAAUUAGUGCUUACGUCUUUCCAUCCAACUUAAAACAAAAUUGAUGAGAUUUUACCAUUCCUAUUAACCAGGUGUCGUGUGGGGAAAUUCAUAACUCAUGUGAUAGUUCUAGAUUUAGUACUGGUAGCUCAUACAAGAUUUUUUUUUUCAGUAUUUCAUGUUUUACAUGUUCACAAAACUGCACAAUCAAUUACGGUCAAUGUUGUUUUAACUUAGCCAAGUAAUUUUAACUCAAUACAUAUAUACUUAUUUAUUCAUUGAAUUGACAGCAUUUGCUUUUGUUAUGUUCAACAUCUUGUUAUUUCUUUACCCAGGCUUAAAUACUUCUAAGUUUAAUCUGUUUAGAUUUACAUGUUUUUGUAUUUCGCAGUAGUUGUAAUAUGCUAGUAUCCAACAUUGUAAACAGUUAAAACAAUUUAAAUCAUGAACAAAAACAUGAUCUCUAGUCAAAAUUGAAAGCUGUUUUUUAAUUCAAUAUUAAACACUGUCAAUUGUGAAAUGACGUUUUUCAAUAAACACAGCUUAUACCCUGAAUCGUUAUACAAAUGGCAUAAUCGGCAAUGUGUAGCAAUAUAGUUAAUGUAUGAUUUGAAAUAUUAUCAACUGUUAAACUUAGGAUGGUUAUUUCUCAGUGUGUGUAUACCACGUGAUAAAUUGCGUCAUAAAUGCUACGUCGGAAGGCAAUAUUUUGCUUCGAGUGAAGACUUUAAACGAUGAUAACUUUUCAUUUUCUUUACCAUUUUAAAUGAAACAUAGCGCAGUCUAUGCCGCUUACAAAGCCCCGCCUUCGGUCUUUUACCAGAGUUUGAUUGAGAGUUUAGUUUCUUCAAACACUUCGAAAAACCUUUUCACAAUGCGACCGUCUGACGGAGCACUGUCAAAACAUUAUGGAAACAGGUUUGUUGAAGUGUUUGAUGAAACUAAUCACCUAAUCAAACUUCGGUAAUAAAACAAAUGCGGGGCUCUUUAAGUGGCAUAGACUGCCCUUCGUUUUGUUUAAAAUGGUGUAGUAUAAGAAAAGUUAUCUUUGAUUUUAGUCUUCAUUUUAUGUAAAAUGUUGCCUUCCGUCGUAGCAUAUAUGACGUAAUGUAUCACGUGGUAUACACACACUGUUUCUCAGAAUAAAGAGUGCAAUUCAAAUUAUAGACUUUGUCUUCAAUGUGAAUUUUUAGAAUUAGGUGUAUAUUUUAAAUCACUUUUAUUAUGUAGGUCUGUUGUAUUCUUUCAUUUUGGUUAUUCUUGAGAGUACAUUUAAGUGUUUAAAGAAUGUACAUUUACAAUUUGAAUUCAUUUUUAAACUACUUUGUAAUAAUUUUUAAACUACUUUGUAAUAAUAGUUUCAGUCUAUUUAUAAGCAAUCUCUUUGAAUAUGGUGUUAAAUGUUACAUUUUAUUUCAAAUAUCUGAGUCUAUUUGUGAGAGAUAAAAGUACUGUUGUAUGUUUCAUAAAGUUUAGAACUCACAAUGCCAUUAUUACUUAUCUGACACUGGAUAAGGCCAGUAAAAUAGGAUUGAGUGACAUUUUACUGGGACUCCCAGAUUUCAUGAUAACAUUUGUUUUAAAUUUCAAUGCAACUGAGUUAUUUAACUUACCAUACUUUUAUGAGCAAUUUUGUUACUCCAAAACAGCAGCUGGCAGAUACCCAUUUGAACAAAAUUGUUAAAAGCGUUGCUAAUGCUUUUUGGCAAAACAGCAUUUUCUAUAUUCUUUAAAUAUUUAAAUAUAAAUUUAGGACCCAAUUGCUUCGUGUUUAAUUACUUACAUCAAAGCAGUCCAGAAUUUAGAACUCAUACAUUUAUUAAAUUAACAAAGAUGUACAAACAAUGUGAAAAUAGUAUGUUGAAAUUCUGUCAACCCAAGACACAGUUUUACAAUGCAUGACAGUACUCAAGUGACUUGCCUGGAGAAUGACUGCAACUUUGUUAUCACCAGUUGGUCUUGAGUCCAGAACACUAGUGCACAACAUACCUUUCAAUUUUGAUAUUUGUUUUCUGUUUUAUAAAAUGUCUUUUGUAGUAUAUAUAUAUACUUAUUGUACCUGAACUUUGAAGGAUUUUUUACUACUGUUGAAUAAAACUUGA